AUGUACUACCUAGCAUGGACACUCGUCGUUUUGGUAGUCACAUUUGUAUUUUACAAAGCCAACAGAAGAAGGUACCAUUUCUCGGAAAGGGGCAUACCCCAGCCGUUCGAGUGGCCAUUCCUCGGAACAUCCGUGGAGAACGUGUUCAAGGGACGGCACAUGAACCACAUACUCAAGGACCUGUACCACCUGAACAAGGAAGCCAAGUACGUGGGCUGCCACAUGUUUGCCGAGCGUAUAGUCGUGGUGCGCGACUUGGACCUGAUAAAAACCGUCCUCGUGAAAAACUUUGACCACUUUUCCGACCGCCGGAGCUUCGUCGACGUGCAAUCCGACCCACUGCUGGGCAAAAAUCUGGCCCUACUGGGCGGGGACGAGUGGCGCGAGGUGCGAAAUUUACUGAGCCCGGCUUUUACGUCGAGCAAGAUGCGAGGGAUGUUUGCGCCCAUGAACGAGUGCGCCCAAAGGUUUACCCAAUUGUUUGUCCAUCUUUACAAGGACGAAGGGGAAAUCGAUACGAAAGACGCCUUCUCGAGGUACGCCAACGACGUCAUAGCCACGUGCGCCUUCGGGAUAGAGGUCGACAGCCUGAGGGACAGGGACAACCGGUUUUACGUGGCGGGCAAGAGAUGCACGGACUUCCAGAAAAUUCCCGUGGCCAAGUUGGUCUUCAUGAACGGCUUUCCCUCGCUGUCGCGGAAACUCGGCUUGAGGCUCGUGUCGAAGCCGGACACCGACUACUUUGUCGACAUCAUCGAAACGACCAUCAGAACGAGGGAAGAAAAGGGCAUCACGAGGCCAGACAUGCUGCAAAUCAUGAUGGAGGCAAGGGAUACAAAGUCGCGGGAGAGUUUGCUCGACAUCACGGCACAGGCAUUUAUAUUUUUUCUCGGUGGUUUCGAAAGCAUCGCGUCCCAGAUGUGUCUGAUAGCCAAUGAGCUCGCGGCUCGUCCGGACGUCCAGAGACGCUUGCAGGAUGAAGUGGACGCUGUGAUGGAGAAAUGCAGUGGGAAACCAAGUUACGAAGUUGUAAGUAACGAAAUGCCGUACAUGGACGCGGUUUUCAGCGAGACGAUGAGGUUGUACCCAGUGAGUUUGCUACGGCGGUUGGCGUCGGAGGACUUUGAGCUGCCGCCGGCCCUGCCGGGUUGCGAGCCUUACGUGGUGAGGAAGGGAGACGGAAUUUUCGUGCCGAGUUGUGCCAUACACGCGGACGCGGGUUACUUCGAGGAUCCCGAGGCGUUCGAUCCGAACAGGUUUUUGGGGAAAAAGUUCCCGCUGACCGGGGUGACGAAUUUGGGCUUUGGAAUGGGCCCAAGGGUGUGCAUUGGGAAUCGCUUCGCCGUACUCGAGACCAAGAUUUUGUUUUUGCACCUUUUGACCAAGUGUAGUCUGGAAUUGUGCCAAAAAUCACCGGUACCUUUCGAGUACGAUAGAUUUAGUUUUGUGCCGAAUGCGAAAAAUGGAUUUUGGCUGAAAAUAAGUCCCAGAAAGUAA